CCAAAACUACGCUAUUAUGAAUAUUUUGCCGAAACCCCUUAAAAAAAAGAACCAAUUUCAAAUAGAAAUAAAUUUAUGUACAAAGUACAUAAAAGAAAAACCACAAACUUAUACGCAAGUCCGUUAACGACACUUAAAACGAAAAAGGUAGCGAGCGAAGUAGCGGAAACGAGUUAAGUCGUAUUUUUUUAACUGCGUGCGCAUCUACGAAAGUUUGAGGACAAAGUUUUUUAUUUAAACCCAAGAUAUAAAACUCGGCUCGGGCAAAUAAAAAAGUUUAAUUAAAUUGAAAAAAAAAAACAUAACGUGAAGUAAUACUUUCAUCUACGAAAAAAAACCAAGAAAAUUUUGAAGUUGGUGGUGGAACAACAACAAGUUUAAAUACUAAACCAAAAUAUAUAAAAACAAGCUGAUCAAACAUAAGACGGCUACAAAAUACAUGCACACAUAAAGAAACGACAAAUUGCAGUGCAAAUAAAGUGAACAAGUGGGUGCGAAAAAAAAAACAAAAACAAAAAAAGUAAUUGGCCGCCCAACAACAAAUAUAGGCGACAUACCGCAGGCAAGUAGCCGUCAAGCGCCCCAACAACAACAGCAAGAAGCCAAAGGCAAUUAGCCGUAGAAGCCGCCAGCAACAACAGCAAGGAGGGCGCCAGCAGCCCUUGGCAACAAACAGCCCCAUAAUAGCAAGUAGACACACAAAAGCCGCCCAACAACAGCAACGGCAAGUAGCCCACAAGACGGCGGUAAGCAGCAGCACAACAACAAUAGUCAGCAUCCACAUACAAAUACUCAGCAGCGGUUUGUAAAAAGAGGAAUGCCCAAGCCUCAAGAAUUCGGCAAAUGCCGACUGUGCUGCCGCCCCCUUUCGCUGCGCUAUUGCCGCGCCUUUCUGGCCAUGACGCCGGACGAACGCUAUGAAUCCGCUAGAGUGCACCGCUACUGCAUAAAUUGCUUAGCUACCUCUCAUGUAACGGGCGCCUGUGAUUCCCCAAGCAGUUGUCAUCUGUUUAACCAGGCUUGGGAAACUCUGGAGCAACUUCAGGACCUGGUUCAGGUCUCGUCGCCGCAGGCCCGCCGGCAAGUCGAGGACAUGGGUCCGAAUUUAAUCGACCUUUAAAUAUUAAGAGAUAUAUUUUGCACUUUUAUACUACUCACCAGAAUUAAUACUUACCUGAAUUAAUACUUUAAAUUUGUCAAAAUGAAAUACUCACCCUGUACAUAUGUUUAACUAUGUAACAAACCUUCGGCUAUUGUGACGGCCGCGCCGUCUCAAGAAAUUGUAUCACUGA